CUGAGCUCUGACAGAGACUGAAUGAAACAGCUCAGGGAAACUGACUUCUCUGAGACCAGGAGGAUGGGAGCUCAUUCGCUAGUGGUUCAGGGACUGACUGAUGACUUUCCUGACAGAGUUCUUGCAGAAGAUGAAUGUGCCGGUCAGCUUCAUUCGGGAAAUUGAGAUACAGGACAAGACAAUCAAUAACAGAUUUCAAGUAUUUUUGAUCUCGCUGGAUUUAAACAGAUUUAACUUCUCUCUGUCUCUGAGUGAUAUGACAAUUCGAGUCGAGGAACUGAGAACCCAGAACUUGCAAGCUGGCCUGUCUUCCAAUGGCAACGACACAGAGAUGAAGAUGUCCCUGGCUGUGGAUGCUUCUGUGCUUAUGCCUGAUGAUAAUCCCAGGGACAACACCACCAUUGCCUUGGAACUCAAAUGUUCAUUAAGGGUUGAAAGAGACAGCCAGAACAGCCUGCCCUAUGUGACCAUGUGGAAAUGCUCAAAUGAAACAAGGAAGGACAUCUCUGAUUCAUCAGGCAGACAAAACGCCAUGGUGGACAGCAUCAUAGACAGAGUAUCUAAGUCCUUGACAGACAGAGUGGCCCCUGUGAUGGAAAAACAGAUAUUUCGACUGAGUGAUUUUCUUUUCAAACUGAUGAGUCAGGCCAUCAUCUGUAAGUCACACCCUGGGGACUGGAGAGCCUUCCAUGGGCCAAGACCACAGCUGUGGGAGGGACCCAUGCAGGGACCUUGCAUCCUGACCAAGGCGGCCUUUUAGUUUCUCCUCCCCUCCCUGGAGGCCUCUUUUGAUCCCUUUGCUCCCCAUGAUUGACAAGGUAGCUGGGGAGACAGACCUUGGAGGUGACCCUUCUAUGGAAAUGUCCCUUUACACAGUACUGCUGUGUCUUGCACACACUACCUCAUUGGAUCCCCAAGAGAGUCUGCACAGAGGGUAUUGUCCUUGCUCACCUUGAGGUGAACAGUGACAAUCCUGAGGUGAUAUAAUUGUCACAGAACAGGCUGGAGGGAGGUAACAAGUUGGAAGGGUUCUCCGUUCAAUUUUCCAUGGCAAAGACUGAGGCUGAUCUUGACUUGGUUCCUUCAGCUGAUCUACUGAUGGAAGAAAACCAGUCUCCAUCUGAAGAGGAAGGAGCAGAUGGAGGAAUGUCAUGACUUGAUGCUGGUUUAAUGUCCUUGUUACUUUUCUAUUGCUGUGACAGAACAACAUGACCUAGGGAAAUUAUAAAAUAAAACACUUAAUAUGGAUAUCACAAUUCCAGGGGGUUAGACCAUCAAUGGUGUGGAGCAUGGCAGCAGGCAGGCAGGUCUGGCACUGGAGCAGUAGCUGAGAGCUUAUACCUGGAGAUACAACUACCAGACAGUGAGAUUGGGAAGAACAUGGCUUUUGAAGAAACCUCAGACCCUAUCCCUAGUGACACACAUCCACUCACAAAGCCACACCUCCUAACCCUUUGGAAGUAGCUUUCUAACCUGGGGAACAAAUAUUCCAAUAUAUGAGCCUAUGUUCGCAGUUCUCAUUAAACCCCACAAGUAGACACUGCAGCUUGUCACAGCAGCCCAUCAGGAAGCCAAGGCCAGGCUUAGGCUUCUGUCACAAGACCAGAGAAACUCAGACAUGAUCAUGAAUCCAGGCUGAACUCUGACAUUGAGUGUACAUCCUGAACCCUGAGCCUGGAUCAUGACCCCAGUUUGAUCCUCAAACAUUUUACAAGAAGUUAGUGACUGAGCUCUAACUUUGUGCAGAGACACUUGACUGUGUGCUGAAUUAGCACCCUGACUUGGGCAUGGCCUCUACUCAAUCGUUCCCCAUCUUCCACUGCUCCAGAAGAAGGGAUGAGGAGGGGUUUGAGUCAAGUGCCAUAUCUAGACCACAAAUCCACAGCUGCCUCUCUUUUCUCCAUGGCUUCAGCCAUUUUGAGCAUUGGGCAAUGAGUGAAGACAGCAGGGCCAGGCCAGUUCGUGUCCAAUCAUUGUCUGUGAAAGCCAGCUCCCACUGUGGCUGUGACAGCCAGUGUUCUGAAGUCCUGUGUUCUCAUUCCAGUUGAUGCCCUAUGGCUUCAUCUGACUUCCUGUGGCAUUUCUCUCCUGAAAGUGAGGCCACCAUCCACACAAGAUCUGCCUGAGCCCACCUGUAGGACCCUCCCUGACUCUCCUUCCCUCAGUGGUCUCCACACCUGUUAUCAUCACCCCAUCAUUAGAAUCCUAACUGCACCCUGGUGUGUGGCUUGUUCUUGCAAUAGAAGUUGUUGGCAGGG